CUCUGUGAGUCUCUCUCUCUCUGUGAGUCUCUCUCUCUCUGUGAGUCUCUCUCUCUGUGAGUCUCUCUCUCUGUGAGUCUCUCUCUCUCUGUCUGUGAGUCUCUCUCUCUCUGUCUGUGAGUCUCUCUCUGUGAGUCUCUCUCUCUGUGAGUCUCUCUCUCUGUGAGUCUCUCUCUCUGUGAGUCUCUCUCUCUGUGAGUCUCUCUCUCUGUGAGUAUCUCUCUCUCUCUCUGUGAGUGUCUCUCUCUCUGAAGUGAACCCUUUGCAGCAGUCAGUUAUAAAUGUAGAUCUGGUGCCUGAUUAAAAACCCACACAUCUCUCUGCAGCACUGUUUGAUUUUUGUUUCUAUGUUUAUUUACAGUUUAUUGAAAGUAAUAUUAAUAACAACCCCAAAUCAGAGAAAGUUGGGAUGGUGUGGAAAAUGUAAAUAAAUAAAGAAAGCAGUGAUUUGUAAAUGUACUUUGACUUUGAUUACAGACAGAAUGAAGCCAAUAUUUUUCAUGUUUUGUUGGUCAACAUCAUUUUAUUCGUCAAUAGAUAGUUUUCACAUGACUUCACAGAGUCGGGGAUUCCCUAGUGGCGGCCAUCUUGCGGGUCAAGCUUACCGUACGGGUGACUGAGCACACAUUGUAACGCGCGAGUACAAAGUCUUCAAAGGAACCCAAGCAGGCUGUUUAAAGCUAGCAAUGGUGCACACCUGUUGUAUUCACGGCUGUCGUAAUAGGUCAGAUGAUGAAGUCAAGCGGAGCUUUUAUGGAAUUCCCACUGUACGGGAGCACGAAGGCGAGCAAACAAACAAACUCGGCAUACAAAGGAGAAAUCUAUGGCUUGCGAGAAUCAACCGCAAGGAUUAUCAGCCUUCCAAACACAGCAAAGUCUGCUCCGAUCAUUUUAUAAGUGAUGGCAGCUGGAGGGCGUUCCCCGGAAUGCCGUGACGUCAGUGAAAACUAUCUAUAUCCAUCCGUUCCUGCAUUUUAAUCCUGCAACACAUUCCAAAAAAGUUGGGACGGAGGAUAAGGUACGACUAUUAAAUAAUGAUGUGAUGUGAAACAGGUGACUGUAAUCAUGAUUUGGUACAAAAUCAGUCUUCAGGAAAGGCCGAGUGUUUGAGGAGUAAAGACGGGCUGAGAAUCUCCAGUUUAUCAACAAAUGUGUGAGAAAAUUAUUGAAAUGGUUAAAAACAAUGUUCCUCAAAGAAAUAUAGGAAGGGAUUUGGAUAUUUCACCCUCUACGGUGCAUAAUAUCAUUAAACCAUUCAAGGACUCUGGUGGAAUUUCAGUGAGUAAAGGGCUCAAGCCUAAUCUGAACCCCCAUGAUCUCCGAUCCCUCAGACGGCAUCAGGAACCAUCAUUUAUCUACAGCUGAUAGAACCACAUGGGCUCGGGAUUACUCUGGAAAACCUUUAUCAAGCUACAAUACAGAGUUACAUCCACAAACACCAGUUAAAACUUUACUGUGCAAAAAGGAAGCCUUAUGUUAACUGUGUCCAGAAGCGCCGUCGACUUCUCUGGGCUCGGAGGCGUCUGGGAUGGACCAUCACGCAGUGGGAACGGGUAUUGUGGUCAGACAGAUCAGUAUUCCAGGUCUUUUUUGGAAGAAAUGGACCAUCCAGACUGUUAGCAGGAACAAGUCCAAAAGCCAGGGUGUGUCAUGGUAUGGGGUUGGGUCAGUGCCCUUGGUAAAGGUAACUUCUGUGAUGGAGCAUUAAUGCAGAAAAUUACACUGACAUUAUGGAACAUCUGAUGCCUUUUCCAGGGAGAUUUCAACAAGACGAUGCAAACCCACAUUCUGCUCACAUUACAAAGGCGUGGCUGUGGAAGAAGAGGGCGUGUCCCCUCUGUCCCCAGUAGAGAAUGUGUGGAGAAUUUAGAAAUGAUAAAUAUGACAGUGACGACCCCGAACUGUUCCACACCUUAAGACCUGUUUACAGGAAGAACGGGACAAAAAUAACACCUGAACCACUUCAUCACUUGGAGUCUUCAGUCCAUAAACAGCUUUUAAGUGUCGGGAGAAGGAACGGGAGCGUUAUAAACAUUAUAAAGUCGGAAAUGCUUUACUGUCCCAACAUUUUUUUGACGUGUUUCAAAUAUAAAAAUUGAAAUAAGUGUUUAAAAAAAAUUCAUGAGGUAAAAUCUAAAAUAAUGUGCUGUUGUAUUGUUCCAAGUGUAAUACAGGUCAAAUAUUAUUUACAAAUCAUUGUUUUCAGUUUUAAUUUCAAUUUCAACAUCCCAUCCUAACUUUUUCUGAUUUGGGGCUGUAGAUAAACGGGUCUGUCCUUCCCCUCUUCACUUAUGAGGAUGCAGAAAUGAACUGGACUGCAUGGUGACUGUUAAAGUGAGCAGAUGAUGAACGCUGCACUCCUCUGGUGUUUACUCUGUGCAGUGUUUAAUCUAUAAACACAUGAACGUUUUGUAAAAUGCAUAGUAAUGCAGUGAGUAAAUCGCAUUUUUUUUCACUUCUUCUCAAGCUGACUCUCAGAGCCCGUCUCUCCGCUCAGCUGUCUAAUUCCUGUCCCUCCGAACUGUAAACUGAUGUAACUGAAUAUUUAUUAUUUAUUCAGUCAGUGAUUAAACAAUAACACAUGAUUAUUUUUCAGACUUUAUUGAAUCCCGCUAAAUGACUGGAAGCUCACAUUAAAUGUUUGUUUCCAUGUCUGGCCAUGUGACAGGACUCUCAGUCUCCCUCAGAAUGCUCGCUGUAAAGGGUGUGUUGUUUUGAGGAUGUAGGGAACACUCAUGAUCACAUGCCCUCUCUCUGUUAGUGAGGUGCAGAAGGCGGUGCUGCGUGGGCGGGGAUUGUGUGAGAGAUGGGCAGAGUUACUCCAGGAGGAGGAACCUGUGAGCCGAGAUGAACUCGAAUGGAGCAAAAAUGAAUUGCGCAACUGUUUACGGGCCAUCGAGUGGGACUUGGAGGAUCUACAGGAGACGAUCAGUAUUGUGCAGUCGAACCCCAGUAAAUUCCGUCUAUGUGAGAACGAACUGCAGGAAAGAAGAGAGUUCGUGGAGCAAACGCGCACUGCUGUACAGGAGAUGAAGCAGCAGCUCUCCAGUCCCUCUGCUGUUGCUCAGGCGGAGAAGAAGAACAGACAGGCCCUGUUGGACGUACAGCGGAAUGCAGGUUUGGAUCAUCACCUGGUAUCAGCAAAUUCUAGGUACAUGCAGGAACAACAAGAGCAGCAGCAGCUGAUAGUUCAGGAGCAGGAUGAGCAGCUGGAGCUGGUUUCUGGAAGUAUCCGUGUUCUGAAGGACAUGAGUGACAGGAUUGGAGAUGAAUUGGAUGAGCAGGCUGUUAUGCUGGGGGAGUUCAGUGAGGAGAUGGAGCAGACGGGUUCAAGAAUGGAUUCAGUGCUGAAGAAACUGGAAAAGGUUUCCCACAUGACCAGCAGCCGGAGGCAAUGGUGUGCUAUAGGUGCUCUGCUCAUCAUCCUCAUAGUUGUCCUCAUCCUCUUCUUCACUCUGUGAGAGCAACAGAUCUGUCUGUCCAACUGAGCAAUUGGGAGACCGAGAGGGAGAGAGACAGGUGUGUUCUCCUCCGCCCAGCAGACUGGUACACACACGCUCUCUCCCCGUUUGUGUGUCUGGUGUGUGUGUGAGAGAAAGAUUGUGGGAGUUUUUAGUGUUAAUAUUUUUACACUGUGGUGGUGAUUUGAAACUGAACAGUUACUGAAAGUUAUGUAUAGAUAUUAAACUUUUAUAUAAAUAAAAAUCAUAAUUCCAUUUAACGGUUUAUGAUAUUGUAUUAAAUACUUUGUGUUGUUCUAAACAGUGGCCUUAUUUUUUAUUUUCUACUCAAAAAUACGACUUGGUGAUAAAUCUGUACAAAUAAAACCUGUAAACAGUGACAUGGUAAAUAAAUGAGGUCACAUGA